UAUGCAAGUUGCAAGUCUAAAUCUUAAGUUUAACAACAGUUUGCAGGGAAUGCAUAGACAAGAAGUUAAUAGAUGAGAAAUUAAAGCAUUGUCCAAUAUGCAAUAGAGACUUGGGUUGUUCUCCACUUGAUAAAUUAAGGUCAGAUCCUUGUCUGCAAGAUUUGAGGGAUAAAAUUUUCCCAUUUGAAGAACAAAAUGCUUCAGUCAAAUUGAACAUCUACAGAAAGAAGAAUUCUCUAUCUUCGUUAAAAAAGAAUGCAAAAAUAGACAAAGCAGCUUCAAAACCUGAUAAAGCGGAAGAUGAAAACCGUGGUGAAGUAGAAGUUCUGGAAGAAGCUUCUAGUUCUACAAUAGGAUCCGCGAGAAGAGCCAAAGCUGCAGCUAGAUUAAAAUUUACUUGCUCUGCACCACCUGCUGCUUGUCAACUUGACAAAGUAGCAGGAGAAGAUAAGAAAGAUGGUGGUCAUCCCCGGGGUGGUGAAACUUCCAACGGAAGUCUCAAAAUCAAAAUUCCGAAUUCUUCCAAAGCAAAUUCAAGUCAACAAUCAGAUACCAACAAGAGGGACAAUUCUGAGUUUAGGAAUGAAACGGCUGAUAUGUUAGAGCCAUUAAAUUCCCUGGUGGAACCUGGAAGCAAAAAGUCUCGUAAAAAGUCCACCAUGCGCUCCAAUGACAAUGCCGCUGAUCAAAAUGAAUCAACUCCUUCAAACUCAGAUUCAGUCCAACACCAAAGGCCUCUGAGCAAUCAAGAGAAAACACUCAGAAUCUCUGAGGACUUAAAUUUUCCUGCACAACCUGAGAUUGGUUCCAACAUUGAAGGCAACAAAGAAUUUGGUCCAAUCUGGUUCUGCUUGGUUGCUGCAGAAGAGAAGAAAGCAAGUGCACGACUGCCACAGCUAUAUUCCAGCUACCUAAGGGUCAAGGAUGGUAGUGUAACUGUUUCCUAUAUUAAAAAGUAUCUGGUGAAGAAGCUUGGUCUUGUUAGUGAAGAUGAGGUGGAGAUCACAUUACAAGGUCGAGCACUUUUGUCUUCAUUGCAACUGAGAAACCUAGUAGACAUGUGGUUGCAAACAGUGCCAAAGAAUAAGAUUCAGACAUCUGUUGGAAGCUCAGCCAAGGAUUUUAUUAUGGUCCUUUCAUAUGGUCGAAAGACUUGACACCUCAUAAACUACCCUGCUAUGGUUCCUUGAAGGAUUUUUAUUAUUUUUCUGUCUAUUUGAAGCCCCAAACUUUCUUGAUUGAGUUGUAUU